UCCCCCCCCAAAAAAGAAGAGAGAGAGAGAGAGAAUAAAGAAGAAACACCGCAGAUCGGGUGGACUGAUCUGAUCUGAUCUGAUCGGGGAGGAGAGGGGAGAGGAGAGAGAGGAGAGGGGAGUGGGAGGGGGGUCGGCGCUGUGAGUGAAGCUUUUCCCCAAUGAUAGAGAAAUUUCGAUGCCCUGUGUCUGAUUCGGAAAUGGCGAUCUGCAGGAGCACGGGGUGGCUCCGGGACCAGCUGCGGAGCUGCAACGCCAGUCUCCUGCUGAUGGACUGCCGCCCGCACGAGCUGUACGAGUCGUCGCACAUCGAGGCCGCCAUCAACGUGGCCAUCCCGGGGCUGAUGCUCCGGCGGCUCAGGAAGGGCAACUUCCCGGUCAAGUCGCUCAUCUCCAACCAGGAGGACAAGGAGCGGUUCGCCGAGCGCUGCGGGAGCGACACUCUGCUCCUGUACGACGAGAGCACCGCCGAGUGGAACGAGAACCUGAACGGCGGCUCCGUCCUGGGUUUGCUGCUGAGAAAGUUGAAGGACGAGGGCUGCAAAGUGUUUUGCCUGGAAGGGGGGUUCAGUAAGUUCCAGGCAGAGUACCCCAUGCACUGCGAGACCAACCCGGACAGCUCGUGUUGCAGCUCCUCACCCACCGUCCCGGUGCUGGGGUUGGGGGGACUCCGGAUCAGCUCGGACUCCUCGGACAUCGAGUCGGACGCAGACAGGGACCCCAACAGCGCCACCGAGUGCGAGGGCAGCCCCCUGUCCAACAACCAGCCCUCCUUCCCGGUGGAAAUCCUGCCUCACCUGUACUUGGGCUGCGCCAAGGACUCCACCAACCUGGACAUCUUGGAAGAGUACGGCAUCAAGUACAUCUUGAACGUGACCCCCAACCUCCCGAACCUGUUCGAGAACGCCGGGGAGUUCAAGUACAAGCAGAUCCCCAUCUCCGACCACUGGAGUCAGAACCUCUCCCAGUUUUUCCCGGAGGCGAUCACCUUCAUAGAUGAAGCUCGUAAUAAGAGUUGUGGUGUACUGGUUCACUGCCUGGCUGGGAUCAGUCGUUCGGUCACAGUGACUGUGGCUUAUUUGAUGCAAAAGAUGAACCUUUCAAUGAACGAUGCUUACGACAUCGUAAAGAUGAAGAAAUCGAACAUUUCUCCCAACUUCAAUUUCAUGGGACAGCUGCUGGACUUUGAGCGGACACUGGGGCUGAGCAGCCCCUGUGACAAUCGCCUGACCGCUCAGCAACUCUACUUCACCACCCCUACCAACCACAAUGUGUUCCAGCUCGACCCGCUCGAAUCUACUUGACCUCUCAACCGAAGCCCGGUGAAGAUAAAGCUUUAAGAAUUUACGGUCGGCCCGCUGACACAAUGGUCAGAAUUGGUCUGGAAAACAAGCCAGCUGAUCAGUUACUGAUCAGAGGCUGCUGACUCUGUGCAUGCAGCUGUUAUGGAGAGGACCCUGAUCUUGACUUUGAGAACGUUGAAGGCUCAAGAUUUAGCUGGAACGCUAGUCUUGUGCAGUUCCUGAAAGCUGUUUAGUCCAAAGAGAGACAGAGUAGGCUGUGUAAAGCACUUACAUUCUCUGUUUAAUCCCUUCUUUUGGGCGAUUUACUGGUAGCAAUGUUCGUCUUCAAUGAAGACUUGUUUAUUCAGGUUGAUCAGAGAAAGGGUUUUGUGGGUUCUGGCAUUAGCCACAGUGUUCGUGCUCUGGACUUGAGCAGUACCAUGCAGCACAAUUUCUGUAUAUAUUAUCAACGUACAGAUCCAAUUUAAUAAUUGUACUUAAAAGUGAGAUUAUGCAUUACUGGGUGGAGCAUUGUAGGGGAAAAGACUUGUUGUAAGGUACUUGGCACACUUGAUUGCUUGCGGAUUACAAGAUCCUGAAAAUGUGUGCUCGGUAUACAUGGAUAUUCUGUUUUCAACUUGAUUAUUGUUCAAACAAUAUGCCAAAAAAGUCGAGUUUUAAAAGUGUUUUGUUUGGUCGGGUUUGGCCUGCUUUGUUGCUUUAUCUAUGUAUGGGUGCUGCAAUCUGAAGCCUUCUUUUGAUUUGUGCUCUUUUUCUCUUAUUCUAAACUGAAAGCCUUGGCAGUGUAUAGUUCUUGUGUUUUCUUGCUAAUGAAUGAAUAGACUGUUCUUUGGACACAGAGGAUUAGUGUAUUUUAUUUUUUGGACAAUGAGUAUGUCAUACAGUGCAUUACCUCUGUGCAGACUCUUCAGGGAAGUUCAUCAUAAAUGCAAUAGGUUUUCUAUAAGUCUGUAUAAAAACUGGAAACUAUACUGUAUGUACACACUGCACUUACUGUAACUUGGUGGCCAAUGGGAUGAAAAUCCCCACUUCAUUGUUGCUGAUGAUUUAAUGUUGUAUGGGGAAUUUAUUCUAAGAAUGAUUGUAUUAUACUAAGUUAUUAAUAAAUAACUAUUUUGUCUAUAUAGAA